GCCCGGACUUAAACUUAGGGGGUCCCAUGGUGGGCCGGGGCCCGUUCUGUGGCGCCGGCGCCCCUGUGGCUGGGGGGCUGUGAGGGGGGAGCCCCGCCCCGCUCCGCCGACGGCGGCUGCUGGGACCCUCCGGCCGAGGGAUCCGCGUUCCACGAUGGCCCAGAGGCUGGCGCUCCAGCGGCUGCUGUCCCUCACCCCCAGGACCCUGCCCCCGCAGGGCCCCCCGGCACCCCACGGCAGGGCCUUCAGCACCUCAGCAGGCUGCAGGAGCAGCUUCAACGUGCAGGAUGGCAGCGACUUCCAGGACCGGGUGGUGAAUAACCCCAAACCCGUUGUGGUGGACUUCCAUGCGCAGUGGUGCGGUCCCUGCAAGAUCCUAGGCCCCAGGUUAGAGAAGGUGGUGGCCAAGCAGGAGGGGAAGGUGCUGAUGGCCAAAGUGGACAUUGACGAUCACACAGACCUUGCUAUUGAGUACGAGGUGUCAGCAGUGCCAACUGUGCUGGCUAUGAAGAAUGGAGAUGUUGUGGAUAAGUUUGUGGGGAUAAAGGAUGAGGAUCAGCUGGAGGCAUUCCUCAAGAAACUCAUCGGAGCCUGAAGUAAAAGGGUGGCUGUACCCCUGCCUCUGGACACGUCCAUGUUGUGCAUUCCUUGCCUGGGAGAGCUGAGUGGCAUGUGAACUGCCUACCUUGUACAACCUGGGGUUUUCUUCUGGUUUGGGGUUUUUAGGAGAUGGACAAUGUUGUAACCCUUCCCUCCCGCUCCCCCUUCUCUUGAGCAGCAGUAGUUGUAAAGGGCACUGAGGAGUGGGGCUGCUUAUUCUCAAAAUGGGGAAUGCAGCUGGAAUUAGGGGCCUGUGUUUAUCUGCAAAGAGCUGACAUGUGGAGCUGCUGCUGAGUUAAGAGGAGGAAUGUUUUUCUCUUUGCCUAGAAUCUGAUAGCCCAGAGCAGAGGGCAGCUGCUCCCUGCGAGAUGUGGGUACAUACCUGCUCUGGGUGGGUUUGUUUAAAGCUGAGAAUGCUUCUGCCUUGUCUGUGAAACCUGUCUCUUUGUCCCUCUGUCCUCAUAUCGCUGGGACAGGUGCACCUCCACAAAUCUGUGGGUUCCUGUCAUAAUUUUAUAAGAGAAAAUAGAAGUAUUUUAUGGAUCUCCUUUUGUAGGUCUGUAAUAGAGAGAACUUUAUUGGUUACUGCUGUCUAGCUAGAGAAUAAAACUUGAUUCUCAGAAGUCACAA